ACUUUAAGGGCAGCGAAGAAGGGUUUCUUGCUGUGUAGCUGUCUAGACCAGUCGUGCCCGUGCUAGAGAAUUGCAGUGUGUCGUUUUCCCGUGGACGUCAGAAGGUACAGGUGCCCUGGGUGGUCGCGCUGUAUGUACAGCCUGGCCGGCGAUGUCCAGGUCAGCCGUCGCGGUGACUCACGCUCGCUCUGUGCCCCUAGGGCCAUGAAGCCCCCGGGAGGAGAGGCCAGCGAUCUUUUUGGAAGUCCCGAGGAAGCUGCUCCUUCAAGCAGGCCCAAUAGGAUGGCGUCUAAUAUUUUUGGACCAACCGAAGAGCCUCAGAACAUCCCUAAAAGGACCAAUCCUCCAGGGGGGAAAGGAAGCGGUAUCUUUGACGAAUCCACACCUGUGCGGACUCGACAGCGUCUGAACCCACCUGGCGGGAAGACCAGUGAUAUUUUUGGGUCCCCAGUUGCUGCCACUUCACCUUUGGCACACCCAAACAAACCCAAGGACCACGUGUUCUUGUGUGAAGGAGAAGACCCAAAAUCGGCCCCUAAAGCUGCAACGAGCACAUCGCCCAGAGAAGAGCCGGGUGAGAAGGGAGGCCCUGGAGAAGCAGGCUGUGCCCCGCAGCCGGUGCCCAUGCCCACGGGUGACAGCCAUGAGCCCAGGUUGGGCCCGCGGCCUCGCUCUCAUAACAAAGUCCUCAACCCGCCUGGAGGCAAAUCCAGUCUCUCCUUCUACUAAGAGGGGCUGCUGCUUCACCUGUAGCCAGACAAGAACCCGGAGAGAUAGGAUUUCAAAUACUCUAGUUUCUUUUAGCCCAAAGGAGCCGGGUGGGGAGAGGGUCUGCUGUGCAGCUGAAGCCGCUGCUCGGGCCCCACUGCCGUCAGAGAGCCGGGGGUUCUCACCUUGCAGCUGCCGAGACACCUGUCCUAAUGGGGAUAAAAUGGGACUCACAAUUAACUGCAGAUGUGGGGGGACUCUACGAGGGAUGUGGGGGCAGGUGGUGCAAGGCCACGCCGAGGCCUGGUGGCGUGGGGCUGCCCACAGCCUCGCCGCACCGGCACUCUUCUGGCCGACCGGGGGUCCGGGAAUCACUAACACCGCAGUGGAGUUGAAGUUUAAAGCCUUGGCAAGAAAAUAAGAAACAACCUGUGUGUUGCUGUGGGCUCGAGAAGCGAGGCACAGGCUGAAACACUGCUGGUGGGAAUUGGGGGUCUCUGGCUGGCCCCUCAGGUCCUCACCGCGUUCACCAUGGGACAGCUUCCAUCCCCGGGAUGGCCUCCACAGGCCCCUGGUGCCUCCUUUCCAGUCAGCCCCAGUGUGUUCUCUGCACGCUUCCCGAGACACCUCGGUUGCUUGUCCCCGGCAGCUGUCAACAAAAACCAAAAACUCGUUCUCAGUCUCAUGCUUUACGGAAAGAUUUUGUGCCCUGGUCCUCUGAGGUGCUCCAUUUCUGCCGUCUAAAAGCUUGGCCAGAUCUUACGUAGGAAUCUCUGCCUUUCACUCCCAGGCUGUUCCCUAUUUCCUCAGCGGCCUCCCGUCUAGGCCUGUGCCCGUCUCCAGGGAUGCAGACAGCUCCCUUCUCAAGCCACAGUUCUUCCUGGGCAAGCCCCCACCCCCGACUCCUGCCACUGUAGAACUGUCCACAUGCAUCCAGGCAGUGCGGUCACUGAAAUCCUUCCUACGUCUUUACUCCUACUGACCGUGGGAAGAAGAGAUGCUUCAGAACCUUGGGCUCUUCAGUUUGAAUCUUUAAUAUCUAAAGAGCUUUUCUAAAAUACCAGCUUUACAGAAGUGACUGUUGACUCUGCCCUGUUUCUGACACCUUUUUAGGAAAAAGUCAGUUGCUCAGGUACAACCGAGAGGAAGAAACUUUGCUUAACUGCUCUUUAUAAAGCUUUGCAGAACCUCUGGACCAUAUUCAGUUUCCAGAAGAAACCUGGAGACCUUGAGCCAGAAAAUUAAGUAGUUUGUCAUCAAAGUCUCAACUGGCUGAUUCCAUGCUGCUUGUUGGCAAAGAUAAUGGGCUGGCCGGAGUCUUUUGGCCCGGCCGGCAAAGUUUCUCCCAGUUGGCCCCUACAGGGCUACAAUCUCCAUUCUUAAACCUCACUCAUGUUGGACCAGCAGUUAACAGAGGACAGGCUGUGGGUGGGAUACAUUUGGUAUGAGUGCCUACAAAGCUAAUGCUAGGUGCUAAAAAUACCUGCAUCAUUGGAAUUUAGAAAAGCAACAACGCUCUGUUUCAUCGCACCCACAGUGGCCUAGACACUUAAGUGCCUGCAGGAGCUGCCUGCCGAGCUCCGCUUCUUACACCUGGCACAGUGGGAAGGGCCUGCACUUGGCUUUGUCAACCAAAGACCGUUCGUUUUCCCCCUUUUAACUGCCCUGUUCACUUGGGAGGCAAGAAAAUCUUUCCAUGUGACUCUCUGAAGUACUUCCUGUCUCUCCCCUUCAAAUGGCCACUUACAGGAAAGUUGUUUGGAAUUCAGAGCAUUUUUUGACCCCCAUUAGAAAAUGUCAUAAAUGGUAGUUAGGGUUUAAGUCCAAACAUGGUAACUUUUGCUUAACAAUGUAACAUUCUAAUGGUAGAAACAAACUACCAUUUAUGACUUUUGUUGUGGUUUUUAAUAUGCAAGAAAAUGAUCUGUGGGUGCCAAAUUGGGUUGCCAGGAACCGUGACAUUAUGCUACUGGGUCCUGUGGCUUCGCUUCUGCCCUCGCUGUCCACCCAGUUUUGUGCACCAGCAGGGAUCUUGGGUGGGGAUGGGGAGCAGAGGUGGGGAUGGAGGCAAAGGAGAACUGGAGCAGGAGCGUCUGCGCGCUGCAGACAUGCCCUGCCUGCCUUCUCUCCCCAGCCUUCCCUCCCUGGGGCCAUAGAGGUGGGUUUAGAGUGCCUGGUAGUCUGGGAGAAGCCGGAGAGGACUUUCUGCACCCGAUGGAGGUGGCUGUUUAUAUUUGGAAAAUGCUCUAUACAUCGGGGACUGCCUGUAUUUGGAAAUCCAUUAACUCAGCAUCCUGUUCUCAACCUCUAAGCUGCAUUUUGAAAUUAUUAGUCUGUAUUUUUAUUAAGCCUUAAAACUUUUUUUAUGUGCAUUUGGUGCCAACUUUUUUCUAGAGCUGAAUCAAAAACAAGAAACCUGUACUCACAUCACAAUGUAGUUUUGAUAGGGGCAUUUUGUUGUCUUUACAAGGCAGGAUGGGGUAUAACGGUUGAAUUAAACUUAGCAAUCAUGUACUCAGU